AUGUCCGUCGUGCCACGUCUCAGGACGGCAGGCCUCUCGGUCAACACGCGUGAGGACGCCGCCGUCUAUGCCGAAACAAAGUCCUUCCACGCGGAGGGCGCCGUGGUGACGAUGGCUGCAAGCUACAAUAGCACCAUGUGGCUCGCGAUGCAGGACGGGCGUGUAGAAGUACGCGAUGUGCACACCGGCCAAGUUGUACACGUCUUUGCCGUUGCUGGCGUGCGUCAGCGGCGCAGCAAAGUGUGGUGCAUGCUCUCCGUCUACAACUCCAUCCAUCAGGAGGCACAGCUGUGGAUGGGGCUGAGUUCCGGCGCGAUUGAGGUGUACACAGAAAACUACCAGCUACGCUGGCAACUCAGCAAACACCUAUCUGGCGUGUACUGUCUCGCUCAGUACCGCGGCGACGUUGCCUACGCGGGCUCGAGCGACUUCACCAUCACACAGUGGCGAGUCGCGGAUGGGCGACUGCUGCGCGUUCUGACAGGUCACAGCAACUAUGUGCGUUGUCUCUACGCUGAAGGUAAUGCCCUCGUGAGCGGAUCGGACGACAACACCGUUCGUGUCUGGGAUACCUCUAGCGGCACAUCCCUACAGCAGUACAAACACCUGCACCGCGAGAGCGGUGGUGUCUCGGCACUCUGCCGCGUGGGGACGGCAAUGUGGUCGGGUGACCACAGCGGCGUGAUCGCGGUGUGGCGGCUAAAGGAUGGUGAGGCGCUGCUCAUGUGUCACCAGGUGCAGGGGCGCGUCACCUCGCUCCGAAAGGUAGGUGCACGUGUGUACGCCGGUAGCGCUGAAGGCCGCAUUUGCGUCUUCAACGCGAGCGACUGCACAGUUGUGAAUCGCCUAGAUGAUCACCUAGGCAGCAACAUUUCUGCCAUCGCCUGCGCCGUUGAGGUGAACCGAUACUUUGUGUGGUCUGGCAGCGCAGACAACACGAUACAGUGCUGGCACCACGAUGAGCACCAGCCCAUGACAGCAGAGCGCGAAGGAGCUUUGGACAUGCAGUGGUACUACACGACCCAGCUGCCGUACCUGCAAGCAAACGAGGCGCUGCUGGAGCAGCAGAGAGAGCUGAUGGAGCUCGUGGUCCUCUCCAGCGGCUCUGACGACGCUGUGCGCAGCUUCUUGGCCAACCUAGGGGAAGGCCGCGAGACGGCUGCGGCGCGGUACUGGCUCUUGAACGGCAAGGUGAAGCAGACGCAGAAGAGGUGUGACGCAAUGGAGGAGGAAAUACGCGCGAUCGACGUUGCGGUGGAGCGGAAGGCGCAGACAUUGGAGGUGCUGCGCCGACAGCUGGCUCGCUUGACGGAAGCCCUCGCCAGCGCCAGACUGCAGCCACCACUGCCAGGAGGAGCACCAGUCCCGGCUUCCAUGGCUACUGAGCUCCCCGCAGCUCGUGCCAGUCUGUCGCCGCCCUUGGUCACCAUUCCACCGCCGUCAGACACAUCGGCCCUGCCCUCAUCGCCACCUUCAGGGAUUGCUGCACCGCCACGACCCACUACGCUUGCCUCUGCUCUCCCCUCUGUUCUUCCACCACCCCCGCUGCAGGUGAUGGUACCUGCCGCCUCGCUGCCGCUGCCGUCCAUGGCGCCCGUGCCUGAGCGCAGCUCCUCACCACCGCGAAUAGUGACGGGGACACAGGUCACCCUCAGUCGCAGUUACGAGCCGGUGCUCAGCUCCCUACCGCCUCCGCCGUUCACCGCAGGGUCAAGGCCAACGAUGGAGGCGCUGCUGCGAAUGGAUGGUAGUGGGACAGCUGUGCCACCACCGCCAGCAGCGGUGGUGCCCCUGCCCCCCGUGGCAGCUGCGCCGCUCCCUCCAUCUACCGGCGGCGUGGAACCGCUUGGCGAGCUGCCCGCGAAAGCGGCAACACUGCCGCUGACUCGCCGGAUGUCAUUUUAG